AUGACCGCUUCUACUUCGCCCAAAGGCCCUUGGGCCGCCACGACCGACCUGCCACGCAACACUGACAGCGGUCCCCAUGAGUCCCUGGCCGUCACUGCAGACGACCACCCCGUCGCCGCCCCACCCAAACCACACUGGUUCCGCUCCGUCUUCUUCCAGGCCACCGUCGUCGGUCUCCUCGCCUUUGCGGCCCCCGGCCUCUGGAACGCGCUCCAAUCCGUCGGGGCGGGCGGCCAGCAGACACCCUUCCUCGUCAUGGCCGGCAACGCACUGCUCUUCUCGCUCAUGACCAUCACCUGCCUGUCCUCCAGCCUGGUGAUCAACCGCAUCGGCCUGCGCUGGACCCUCGUCCUCGGCACCACGGGCUACGCGCUGUACUCGGCCGCACUGUACCAGAACAACCGCUACGGGACCGUGUGGUUCAUCUACGUGGGCAGCGCGGCGUGCGGCAUCACUGCGGGCCUGUUCUGGGCCGCCGAAGGGGCCGUCAUGCUGCGCUACCCGGAGCCCGAGCGCAGGGGUCGAUACCUGGCGUACUGGCUGGCUUACAGAAACUCGGGAGCCAUACUUGGAGGUGCGAUCAAUCUGGGCUUCAACGCGACGGGCACCCGGUUGGGGAAGCUGGAUUGGAGAACGUACAUUGUCUUCGUGGUGUUGCAGUGUCUGGGUCCCGCGAUUGGCAUGCUGCUGAGCCCCCCUGGGAAGGUGCAGCGGGCAAAUGGGACGAAGGUCGCAGUGGUGCAGCGAUUGCCGGACAGAGUCGAAUUCAAGGAGACACUGCGGCUGGCGGCGAGGAAAGAGUUUCUCUUGAUAAUCCCGUACCUGUGCUACGUGACAUGGUCGCUUCCAUAUAUCGGAAGUUACAUGACGACUUACUUCAGCGUGCGAUCCCGAGCUCUCGCCUCGCUUGUCACCGCGCUAGCUCAGGUCGUCGCGACCGGUCUCAUGGGCACGUUCCUCGACCUCAAGCGCCUGUCCAUCAGCCAGCGGGCCAAGUUCGGCUUUAUUGGCAUGAUGGCCAUGAGCGGCGCGACGUGGGUAUGGGCGGUGAUCAUCCAGCACAAGUAUCAGCACAACCCGCCUGCUCUCGACUGGGUCGACGACGGUUUCGGCGAGGGCUGGGCGCUCUACGUCUUUCAGCAGGUCGAGUUUGCCCUGACGUACAACUACGGCUACUGGUUGAUCGGCUGGCUGGCCAAGCGGCCGGCGGAGGUGGUGCGGUACGCGGCUGUUGCUCGAGGAGUCGAAGCGGCCGGGCAGUGUAUUGCGAGCGGGAUCAGCUCAACGCGGACGCCUUUGCUCGUCUCUGCUGGCAUCAUCCUGGCGCUUUGGGGCUUCGCUUUGGGUACGGCAUAUUUCGUGGUUCGCGAUGUGGGAUCUGUGCAUGUUGGUGCGGAGGGUUAUCUGCCCGAACUGAAGCCGUCAGCGAGAGAGGCAGCAGAUGAAGAAGUGGCCGGCGGAGCAAAGGUAUAG